CGAGAUCGCAAGGUGUUCUUUCGAAAUACUUCCACGACGUGUCCAUAUAACAGUAGCCUCCCACCGCUACUUGCCCUUCCUCCUCCACUCACCUUGCAACUGCAACCACCGCAACUCGCCUUUUGUUUUCUUUCCUAGCGAUACCCGGAGAGCCUCGUCUACUCCACACAUUGCGAGCUCCCAGAGAGUUACGCCCGCACUUGCACCUGGCAUCCAGGCCAUACCCACAGUCUUGAGGACUACACACACAUCACAAUGGCACGAAGCUCGCGGGGCGCCAACCAGCGCUCAACAUGGAGCAUUGCCUUCUACCUCCUCCUCGUCCUUGUCGGCGGUCUGAUGCUGGCUAAGACAGCACACGCCCAGGACCAGGAACCCAUCAAGGAGGACAGCAAUGCUGUCUCCGGUCCCGUCAUCGGUAUCGAUCUGGGAACCACCUAUUCCUGCGUCGGUAUCAUGAAGAACGGAAAGGUCGAGAUCAUCACCAACGACCAGGGUAACCGUAUCACACCUUCUUGGGUAGCCUUCACCGAUGACGAGCGUCUUGUCGGAGACGCCGCCAAGAACCAGUUCGCCUCCAACCCCGAACGCACCAUCUUCGAUAUCAAACGACUCAUCGGUCUCAAGUACAAGGAGAAGUCUGUUCAGAAUGACAUCAAGCACUUCCCCUUCAAGGUCGUCAACAAGGGCGGUCAACCCAAGGUUUCCGUUCCGGUUCACGGCGAGGAGAAGACCUUCACCCCCGAGGAGGUUUCCGCCAUGGUUCUGGGCAAGAUGAAGGAGGUGGCUGAGAGCUACCUUGGCGAGUCUGUCAAGAACGCUGUCGUUACCGUUCCCGCCUACUUCAACGACGCUCAGCGUGCCGCCACCAAGGACGCCGGAACUAUCGCUGGUCUCAAUGUUCUCCGUGUUGUGAACGAGCCCACCGCUGCCGCUCUGGCUUAUGGCCUCGACAAGACCGACCAGAAGGAACGUCAGGUUCUCGUCUACGAUCUCGGUGGUGGUACUUUCGAUGUUUCCAUCCUCACUAUCGAAUCCGGCGUUUUCGAGGUUCUGUCUACCGCUGGUGACACUCAUCUCGGUGGUGAAGACUUUGACAACCGUGUCAUCAACUACUUCACUAAGAAAUACAACAAGGAGAACGACGUCGACAUCACCAAGGAUUCCAAGACCAUGUCCAAGUUGAAGCGCGAGGUUGAGAAGGCCAAGCGUACUCUCUCUUCCCAGAAGACCACCAAGAUCGAGAUUGAGUCUUUCUUCAAGGGCAAGGACUUCUCCGAGACCCUCACCCGCGCCAAAUUCGAGGAGCUCAACAACGACCUCUUCAAGAAGACCCUCAAGCCCGUUGAACAGGUUCUCAAGGACGCCAAGAUGAAGAAGGGCGACGUUGACGACAUUAUUCUCGUUGGUGGUUCCACUCGUAUUCCCAAGGUCCAGGCCAUGCUUGAGGAGUUCUUCGGAAAGAAGGCUCGCAAGGAUGUCAACCCCGAUGAGGCUGUCGCUUACGGCGCUGCUGUUCAGGGUGGUGUUCUCUCCGGUGACGCCGCUACCGACGACCUCGUUCUCAUGGAUGUCAACCCUCUUACUCUUGGUAUUGAGACCACUGGUGGUGUCAUGACCCAUCUUAUCAAGCGUAACACCGUCAUCCCCACCAAGAAGAGCCAGAUCUUCUCCACGGCCGCCGACAACCAGCCCGUAGUCCUCAUCCAGGUCUUCGAAGGAGAGCGAUCCAUGACCAAGGACAACAACCAGCUCGGAAAGUUCGAGCUCACCAACAUUCCUCCCGCGCCUCGUGGUGUUCCUCAGAUCGAGGUUACGUUCGAGCUCGAUGCCAACGGUAUUCUCAAGGUCUCCGCUAUCGACAAGGGCACUGGUAAGGGUGAGUCAAUCACCAUCACCAACGACAAGGGCCGUCUCAGCAAGGAUGACAUUGACCGCAUGGUCGAGGAGGCGGAGAAGUACGCCGAGGAAGACAAGGCCAACCGCGAGCGCAUUGAGUCUCGCAACAAGCUCGAGAACUACGCCUACAGCCUCAAGAACCAGGUCAACGACGACGAGGGUCUUGGUGGCAAGAUCGAGGAGGAGGACAAGGAGUCUCUCCUCGAGGCCGUCAAGGAGACUCAGGACUGGCUCGAGAGCAACGCUGCCGAGGCCGCGGCUGAGGACUUUGACGAGCAGUUCCAGAAGCUGUCUGACGUCGCCUACCCCAUCACCUCCAAGCUCUACGGCUCUGGCGGCCCCGGUGGUGACGAUGAGAUGCCCGAUGACCACGACGAGUUGUAGAUGGUUGACUGUAGAGUCGCCAGAUGUUGCAUCCUUCAUGUCACAUUUUGGUUGCAUUGGCACCCACGUGUAUGAGUAGAAAAGCACUUUUCGCAUUGGAGAUAUGGCUUGCUUAGACGCACUCAGAUAUAUGCGCAGUUUGCUUUACCAGUCAUGGGCGUAUUCACAUGGAAUGGAAGACUUAUGAGAUCAAUUUGCCCUUCCAAUGAUGUCUGAUGUCGCUUGAAUUCGUGUCGCGUGUUGCUGCAUACAGAGUGCUGAAUGUUGAUACGUGA